AUGCUCCUCUACCCGGAUGAAUUGAAUAUUGUUGGGUUCAAGACUGACGUCCGAUUCAUUGCACAAGUCGGUGCAUCCUUUGAUUUGGCAUCUGGGGAAGCUUGCUUAAUUCAACCAGGCAAAAGCAAGGCCAUCGAUGAUCAAUUGAUGAGGGAGGGAAAACGCAACGCAAUGGCAUUGUAUGAGGUCACUUCCACCAAAAUCACACAUGCUUGGAUGUUUCAAUUCAUUGGGUUGCAAGCCGUCUUCUCAACUGUGACAUAUUUCGAUUAUGACCUCCAUGUGGCCACUCUCCAGGAAAAAAUACAUUUUCCAGAUUCUGUCACUUCCUUCACGAACACGCGAAAUACAACCAAAUUCAUCGGCACUCUCCUCAAGUUUCAAUUCGACCUUAACAGAACAGCCAGAUUAAUCCAAGACACAAUCGAUCAAGCAGAUCGCAGCCUGCUACUUCGAGAAAACAUCUUUGAGCCGAUGGAACAUGAAGCCCCAAGCACCCAAGCUCCUCCUUCCGCCCUGUCUUUUUACACCCCACCAAAAAAAAAAGAUCUGACCCGUGCAAAAUACCCGCAAGCAAAUCAAGAAGCCUUAUUAUCUGGUGCUGAAGCCCUGAUCCAAGUUGCACAAGAAGCUACAGCCACUCGAGAUUAA